CUCGACUUUAUCCGCAACCACGAGCCCAUAUCAAACAAGCCAGCGCCCCUGAGCUCUAGAGAACAGGAAUGGAAAGGCGCAAGUGUUGUGAACUAAAUUCAUCACUUCUUUGAAUAAAUUCAUCACUCCUUUGAAUAUCCUUUCUUCCACUCUUUCAAUUGCGACAUUGAGUACCGUUUCACUUAUCAAGUCCAACAUCCCCCAUCUGCCCAAUAUGUCGAAGAUGUGGGAAGUCGAUCCCGAGACAAGGGCCAAGCUACUUCAAAUCUCAAAGACUAAUGGAAACGACCGCUGUUGUGACUGUGGAGCGCCCUCACCGCAAUGGGCUUCACCCAAAUUCGGAGUAUUCAUCUGCCUUAAUUGCGCCGGCACACAUCGCGGACUCGGGGUACAUAUUUCAUUUGUUCGGUCUAUCACUAUGGACGCCUUCAAGAAUGCCGAGAUUCAACGUAUGGAGAAAGGUGGCAAUGAUACAUGGAAGAAUUUUUACGAUGAGAACCCAAUCGUCAUUUCGGAAGGUCGAACAUUCGAGGAUUCGACAAUUAAAGAGCGAUAUGAUAGCGAGGUGGGUGAGGAAUACAAGGAUCGAUUGACAGCGAAAGUCGAAGGCAAAGAAUAUGUCCCGGGAGAAAGAAAGAAAAAACAGCCGUCGCCAGCUACAACUCAAGAAAAUAUCUCGAGGUCUGGGACUCCUCUUCAGGGUGGGCGAUCGUCACCGGCUACAUUCGAUGGUGCUCGCACACAGAAAGAACGCAAUGAGGCGUAUUUUACGAGACUUGGAAAUGAUAAUGCUUCCAGAAGUGGAGACUUACCGCCAUCUCAAGGGGGGAAAUACGGCGGGUUUGGUGGUGGAUUGCCAGUUUCUAGUACUCCGCGUCAGGUAGGCCCAGAACUUGGCUUCGAUGACUUCCAGAAAGACCCAGUAGCUGCGUUUUCAAAGGGAUUCGGCUGGUUUACUUCAACUGUCGGCAAGUCAGCGAAGAGUGUGAACGACACUUAUAUCCAACCCACAGCCAAGUCGCUUGCCGAUUCGGACUUUGCGGCUCAGGCACGAGUACAUGCUACACAGUUUGGCCAGACUUUGCAGACAGGAGUACGGGGUGCGGCCGAUCAAUUCAACCGCUUCGUUGAGGGCCCAGACGCCGCUGGUGGUCAACGACGGCAACAACCCGAACGUCAAGAUUUCUGGGAUGACCUGUCAUCAAUUGGAGAACAGCAGAAAAACCGGCAAAAGAGACAAUCCGGUGCGAUUGGCACCUCAGCGAUGAGGAAUACACCACAUACUGCGUCCUCAAAAGUUACUUCAACUACGGCCGCCACUGGGGUUGCAGGUGCCCCGGGGAAAGAGAAGGAUGACUGGGGAGAGGAGUGGUAGUUUAUACAUGUAAUUAACCAUACAUUACGCUGCGUGGCUAGAUGUAGAGAAGUCUAUAUAUCCGUAUUGAAUGAAUUCAUGACGAGUCAGUUCCAUAUCUAUUAUAAAA